CCUCUUGAUCCCCUUUUCACACUGGAGCCAACCCUCUUCUUUCUUUCAGUAUCGGGGCCCAGGGUCACUGCAUGAACGUGUCCUGACUCUUGUAUAGCAUCCUUCAUAGAUCUUCGUUUCCAACCUUCUACCAUGGCUGCUCCAACCCCAGCCAAGACGCCGUAUCAGGUGUCCUUCACAAGUCUGAUACUCGCGUCCACUCUCGCUGCAGGUGUCGCGUCGAGGACGACAUCUCUCGACACAUUCACUGCCCUCCUUUGGACUUAUGCAGUUGCCAUCCCGGCCUGGGUCCUGUACAAGUCGUACAUCUACCCUUUCUAUGUUUCUCCUCUCCGCGUUGUCCCCACGGUCUCUGGAUUUCCCCUGUGGGGUCAGUUCUUCGAGAUUAUCACAGAGGAAGUCGGUGUCCCUCAGCGUCGAUGGCACAAGGAGCUGGGCCCGGUCGUCCGCUACUUCUUCCCGCUGGGCGCGGAGAGACUGUCUAUUGCGGACGAUAACGCUCUGAAGCACAUGAUGGUCAAGAACCCGUACAACUUCCCCAAGCCGGUCCGGGCGAAGAAGUGGAUGCUCCGGAUCCUGGGCGAGGGUGUCCUCUUGGCUGAAGGCGGUGCCCACGUUCACCAGCGCAAGGCUCUGACUCCGGGUUUCUCCAUUGCGUCCAUUCGUACUCUCGCACCCAUCUUUUGGCGCAAGGCCAUUCUGAUGGCAGAUCUCUGGGAACAGGAGAUGAAUGCGGCAAAUGUCAAGACCAAGUCCUUCGAAGUCUUGGAGUGGCUGAACCGCACGACGCUGGACAUCAUCGGCGAGGCGGGUUUUGGUUCUGAUAUCAACUCCCUCGAGCAUCCAGAGGCUCCUCUGCGUGAGGCGUACCGUGCUGUCUUCGUCUUUGAUCUCGGGUCCAGAAUCCUGCACGGCCUCCAGGCCUUCUUCCCUAUGACCAAGUACCUGCCUGCAAAGAUGAACCGCGACAUGGAGUUCUCCCGCCAGAUCAUUCUCAAAAACGCUACCAAAAUCAUCAAGGACAAGGAGUCCAGCGUCAACCCCGCCGACAAGGACAUUCUUUCGUUGCUCGUCCGCGACAACAUGAAGCUUCAGGCUGCGGGUGAGAAGGGUCUUACCUUCGAGACCAUGCGUGAUCAGGUGAUGACUUUCCUGGGUGCUGGCCACGAUACCACCGCCACUGGUGUUGCCUGGACACUGCAUCUCCUCUGCAAGCACCAGGAUGUCCAAAACAAGCUUCGUGAGGAGAUUCGGGCCCACUACCCAUUCCUCUUCGACGAUACCACCCGUCAUGACCCCGAGCUCUUCAAGAAGAUCGAUCCAGACCAGCUGCCCUACAUGGACAACGUCUGCCGCGAGUCCCUGAGAUACAUUCCUCCUAUCCCCAUGACCGUCCGCCAGUCCCUCGCCGACGACAAGCUUGGCGACUACUUCGUCCCCGCCGGAACCACCAUCUAUGUUCUCGCCAACACCAUCAACCGCAUGCCCGAAUACUGGGGACCGACGGCCAACACCUUCGAUCCGGACCGCUGGGACCACCUCCCCGAAUCUUACACGACCAACGCAUUCAUGACCUUCCUCCAGGGCCCUCGUGGCUGCAUUGGUCGUAAGUUCGCUGAAACUGAAAUGAAGACGCUGCUCUGCUCCUUGCUCAGCAAGUUCCACUUCGAUCGGGACGAGUCCGUGACUGACCCUGAGGAGUUGAAGAUGUGGCGGUUGGUGUUGCGGCCGCGGGACGGGGUAACGCUUAAGGCGACCAAGGUCUAACUAAACCCAAAAAUAACAUCAUCAUAAUUAUUAUCAUUACCACUCCGCAGCUAGGU